AUGCAGCAUCAUCCCCACCACCAGCAACAGGGUCCGCCUUCUUCCCAUCAUCUGCAUCACCCACGACCGUCGAGCGUAGUUCAUCAGCAGCAUCACCCUCAAGCCAACGCGCAGCACCAGGGCCAGCACCAAGGCCACCAGUCGCUGCCGCCGCCGCCGCCGCCGCCGCAACACCAACAGAGUGCGUACUCGUCGACUCACUCCCUACCGCAAGCCUACCAAGCCGGCAGCCAGGCAGCCGGCGCUCAAGACAACCUGGGCUACUACAGUCAUCCGAGUCCCUACAGCACGCCGGGUGCUAACAGCGGAUACACAUCCGCCGACACUCCCGACAUGAUGGCCGCCGCCCAAAUGCCUCGACCUCCCUACCCCCCCAUGUCCUAUCAUACGCCGCAAUCCAACUCUCCAGCAUCUGUCGCCUCUCCCUCGCAACAUGACCAGCACAGAAGUCUGUACGGCCAGCCGCCGUCGCAGCAUCUUCAGCAAUCCAUGUACUACCAACCUCAGUCGCAUUACCAGCCAAUGCCUCAUCAUCCCAGCGCGUCGCCCUACGCACAACACGCUCAGCAUCCUCAUCACCCGCAACAAUCCAUGACCUCUCAGCCCAACAUGAUGAUGUCGCAUACCGCGCCGCAGAACCAGAUGGCCCAGCACGCAGCGCAGCACGCGCAGGCGGGCAUGACGGGAAGCCCCCGGUCCAAGAUUGAGCCGCAGGUUCCUGUUCAGCUCCAGAAGCAGGCGCAGACUUCACCUAUGCCGCAGGCACAGCAUCAGCCCAACGCACCGCAGCUGCAGAGCCCGGGGAAUACUGCACCUGGUGUCAACCCUAAUGCUGCGCCAGGACCCAUUCCCGCGACUACUCCGCUGGUUGUGAGACAGGACGGCAAUGGUGUCCAGUGGAUUGCGUUUGAAUACUCUCGAGACCGGGUCAAGAUGGAAUACACCAUCCGAUGCGACGUUGAGUCGGUAAACACCGACGAGCUCUCUCCCGAAUUCAAACAGGAGAACUGCGUCUACCCCCGGGCCUGCUGCCCCAAGGACCAAUACCGUGGAAAUCGGCUCAUGUACGAGACUGACUGCAACCGCGUUGGGUGGGCUCUGGCACAGCUCAACCCUCCGCUGCGUGGGAAGCGAGGCUUGAUCCAAAGAGCAGUUGACAGUUGGCGAAAUAGCAAUCAAGACCCGCGCCUCCGAAGUCGACGAGUUCGCCGCAUGGCCAAGAUGAACAACCGCAAGGUUCAGGGAGCACCCACUACUCACCCAGGCGCAACUCAUCUGCCUGGACCCGGCGGACCAUCAGGGAUGCCGUCGGCACCCGCCACCAUGGGGCAUGGGGCGCCAUCCAUGGGCAAGCCUGGCUUGGGCAGCCUGGGGCAGCCUUUGCACCAUCACGCUGGGGCUCAUGACGGAACCGCCCCAGGCGGAGGAGACGAAGUCGGUCACGGCACUGCUUACGAAGACCAACACCAUCAUCACGCAGGUGCAACCGGCCAGGGGCAUCACGGCGGAGAUGAUGUGAGACCUGCGCACGUGUUCACUGGUUAUGUUGGCCAAGGCUACCCUACCAGUGCUCAGGGCGGGCCAAUGUCUCACAUGGCUCCUCGAGCAGGCGGCAGUACUGCCAUGCCCGCACGAUCGCACAGUCGAGGUAAUCACGAACCGGAGGGCCUCUUCCCUGAUGUUCCCGAGGCGAAGAAGCGAAAGUUCAUCCUUGUGGACGACAACAUGCGGGGUUCGAGACUCAGAGUUCGAGUUACUCUUGAUGGCGUGGACACCAAUGAGAUUCCUGACAGCUUCCGAAAAGGGGCCAGCGUAUUCCCUCGAAGCUACUUUCCGCGUGAAAUGCAAAGUCCUCCCCCGAGCGCGACUGGCACUCAAUUUUUCACCGAAGACCUGUCUGAUGACGGAAUUCAGGAGACUGAAGGCCGGGAGCUUGGUCGGCGGGGAACAACUAAAUCAAGCAGCCAAGCGGUCAAGGUCAACAUGGCCGAGGGCGAGGACGGCGAGGUUGCCGUGCCGAGGAUGAGGAAGUCAUAUCGCGGGAAGGAGAUAAAAUUAAACGACUUGGCCUAUCGAAUGGCAUGGCUCCAAAGCCGUGUGUUUGCUGGCCGGACUGUGUUUCUGCAGCGAGCGCUGGACACAUACCGAGGUAAAAUAAAAACCGCAAUUGAAGGCACGAUGCAGGACGUAACAGCCAUAGCACCUCACUAUGAGACACGGGCCGGCAAACGGCGGUGGACCGACAGAAGACGACGUGGAGAUGCCAGCAGCGAUGAAUGA